AUGCUGGCAACAACGGCUGAAAAGCAGCAAGGAGAGCCUUCGGACCCGCCGCCAGCCACUGUUGCAGCAGCCGCAGUCCGCUUUCCACCAUAUUGGGACCGCAAUCCGCGAGUUUGGUUCCUGCAAGCGGAAUCACUAUUCCACCUCGCUGGGGUCACCACACAAGGUCGGAAGUACCACCACGUCGUCUCGGCUCUUUCACCAGCUGCCGCCGACGAAGUCUACGACGUACUGGCAAAUUCCUCUCCAGCAACACCGUAUGACCAACUGAAGAAUGCUCUGCUCCAGCGCACCGAGAAUUCGAAACGCUCCCGCGUGCAGCAGCUUCUCUCGGCGGAAGAGCUCGGGGACCGGCGGCCAAGCCAAUUGCUGCGACGCAUGACCCAGCUUCUUGGAGAGCGCGCUAACAAUCUGGACGACGUAUUCCUCCGCCAGCUGUUUUUGCAAAGGCUGCCUUCCAAUGUUGAGAUGGUUUUGGCAACAGCAACAACGUUGGACCUCAACGGACUUGCCGCGUUGGCCGACGCCGUGAUGGAGGUGACCACUCCAUCGGUCGCCAGUGUUACCGUGGCUCCACAGCAACCAACAACCCGGGACUCUGGAUCGGCCGCCAACAGCCAGCCUCCCCAGGCCAACAUCGAGCAAAUUUGCCAACGUUUGGAGGAGAUCGUCGUCGCAGCUACACAAGGCCGCGCCCCCCACCCUCGACACAGGCCGGCCGACCUCUAG